AUCUCUCAUAUAAAAUGGAUCCUUUUUGCCGGCUUCUCCUUCCUCACAAAAUUUUGUGCUUCACGUUGUGAUUUCGGAGCAUCUCAAUACCCUAACAAUCAUGGGACACUCGAACGUUUGGAACUCUCAUCCUAAGAACUAUGGACCUGGUUCUCGCACUUGUCGUGUGUGCGGAAAUCCCCAUGGGUUGAUCAGGAAGUAUGGACUUAUGUGUUGCAGACAAUGCUUCCGCAGCAAUGCCAAGGAAAUUGGUUUCAUCAAGUACCGCUAAGAAGCUAAUUAUCCCUAGAAGAGAGAAUGGGUUGAAUUUACAUUGAAGAAGGUUUCCCAUGUUUUGCUUUUGUUUACUCAGUAUGGAAUAUGAAAUGAUUGUCAGAAGACGUUUUUGACACUUUUGUUCUGAACAUUUAAAGUUUCUUAAUUGAGCUUCUUGAGAUUAUUUUGACAUA